UCCCCUCAGGACAGUUUUGACAGCAGCACCUAAGUUGCGUCGUCAGUCAGCAACAGGAAGAAAGGCGACACAGUCGGAGCGCUUAUGCUGCUGUCCAGUCGGUUGCUUUAAAAUCCGAAAGGUGGCUGUUUUUCUCGUAACAGUUAUCUGGCUGUAAAAAACGGAGUCUGUAAUGAUGCUACGAGCUUUCUUCUCGGUCUGUGUCCUGCUGGCUGUGUCUCAGGCUGAAGGCCCCACUCCAGCGCCGAACCCCGCUGCUGCUGUUACCAAAGCAGCCGAACACGGAGCCGCGCUGAGCGGCAUCACCAACAAACCCAAACCCGUUGAAAAUAACAUUAAAUCCUUUGGCAACGUGACCCUGUCAAACCUGGAUUUUGAUGGCUCUAUGAUUCAGAGGGCCUUAUAUGUUCUCAUUGGCAUCACCAUAAUCGGGGUUCUUUAUUUUCUCGUUCGAGCGGUCCGUCUGAAAAAAACAACCACGCAGAGGAAAAAAUACGGGCUUUUAUCAAACUAUGACGACACCGUGGAGAUGGCACAGCUGGAGAGCGAUGAAGACGACACGACUGUUUACGAAGCCAAAUCCCUCAGAAGAUGAGUCUGGAGCACUAAGAGGAGGAAGAAUGUAAUGAAGACAAUCCGUUCUUUUGGGCGAUUUGAGAAGAAAUACUGGAUGUUACAAUGCUGGAUGUCUACGUUUUUCAGCAAUAAAGUGGAAUGUGUUCUUGUGAUGGACUACACUGACCAAAAAGGCCAUCUCUGAACUUCUCAGAAGGUCCUGAUUUAUGCAUUGGAAAGAUGGGUGUUGAGUGGAGUGUGGGAUUAAACCUGUUUCAGUGAUGUUUUGUACCAAAACUGCUCAUUUCUCUUUGGGCUCUUUUUUUUCAAUGAGCUCUUCAAACUGUGUACUAAUCAGUCAAGCUAAGUCUCCACCUUUUGUUCAAGGAAACAUGGUACUGUACUUGUUUCAUGUCACUGUCAAUGAUUUAGUUUAACUGAACUUUUUUAACUUUCUCUUUUUUUUUGCUUUAUUGUAAAUCUGUGUUUAAUGGACAGAAAUAGGGGAGGUUUUGUAGGUUUGUAAUUCCAAAAAGUUCUCUUUCGGAACAUUCCUGGUUAGAAAUACACUAUAAAUACUGUGUGAACAUUCUUGGAAAUUUAAUUAUUUUUUGAGUUCGGGAUAUACAAUGAUAUUGGAAUUGUAUUGAUAUCUACAGAUUUGUCUUUCAAAUGUCAAACCAAUAUUUGAUGACUCCAGAAGACCACAAUGUCCAGGAGAUGCUGAGCUACUAUGCAAAAAUCUCUACGUUGUGUUUGCAUUACUGCGUUUGUAACGCUACACAAAUAAAGGUUAGAAUUUCUCCACAGUGCCAAUCUAAGUGGAUGUAUUCCCAGUUUCUAUAUUUUAUAAGUGUUUACACGUUGGUUUGGCCGAUAGGUGCAUGAAAAAUGUUCAAUGUCAACAUGUGGUUACAAUUCCCAUAUCGGUGCAGCCCUGGUUUGAGUAUUUCACAUUCCCACACUUCUUGUUUUGCACUUAGAAAUUGUUGGUAAAGCUUUUAUUUUUUGGCUCGUGCUUGUGUAGCUGUUUUUCAUGGAAGGUAUGAAUGAGCGUUAGGAAACGAAGGCGAACAGAGGGUGUGAGAACUUUCCUCUAACGCUCACAUAUUUUUGCUUAUGUGACCGUCAGAUGUUUUUGUCUGCAGUCUCUUAUGCACAGAUUUCUCAUGUCUGUGAGCUGAUGCUGCCAAAGCUGCAACCCUGAUGACGAAUGCAUCGAUUAGCUGUGAUUUCUUCUCGAUGGAAAUGUGUUAUCUUGUUAUUUUUGUUUGUGCAUUUCUUUCUUUAUUUCAUAAAGGCUGAGAAUGUGAGAUGGACUAACUUUUGUUGAACCUUGUUAAAGUCGUAGUGCUAUUUGGAUGGAAUGCAUGAAAUAUCUGCAGGUAUUUAGUAAUCCACAUUCAGAAGUCUUCAAGUGUGCCUUUUAAGUAUUUUGUUUAAGUCCAAAUGAUUGUGAUUUGAAAUGAUUUGUGAUAACUCUGUUCUCUGCAUUCCUGUAUUUUGAAAAAGCUUUUCUUUGUAAAAUAAUAAUGAGAAGAUUUUAUAUUUAAUAUAUUUCUAAAUCACCCUUUUAAAGAAAUUUAUGUGGAGGGGUAGCAAAUUCAUGGGCUGUUAAUUCAUUUCAUAUAUGAUCAUAUUUUCUGAAAUGUAUAAUUUGCCUCUAAAAAAAAGGCUGUAUAGAGAACAUAUGAGGCCUAAUUGGGACGAUAAGGGUUUGACUUGUAUUGUUCACAUUGAUUUGUGUGAACAAGCCUGAGUGAGAAUGAAAUCACAGAUAAAUACAGUGUCACACUGGAUACCAGUUAAAAGUCCACUUUCCUUUGUCCCACUGUAAUAGUUGCUCCUAAUAGAGGUUAUACAGUACAGUUCUACAGUAGGGUGAGUUUGUGUUUCGGGGGCUGUGCCUCUGCUGCUCUUAUCGAUAACUGCUGUUGACAACAGCAUUUCUUUGAAAUUGCUUUUAAAUAAAGUAUCUUCAGCUAA